AACCCUAGAUAGCCACCUAUAUAAAUGGCCCCGCAAAAACCCACGUCUCAUUCUGAGUCUCCCUUCGGCCGGCGAAAAUGUCGAAGCGAGGACGUGGAGGAUCAGCAGGUAACAAGUUCAGGAUGUCACUGGGUCUGCCAGUGGCAGCGACAGUGAACUGUGCUGAUAACACAGGGGCAAAGAACCUGUACAUCAUCUCAGUGAAAGGAAUUAAGGGUCGCCUCAACCGGUUGCCUUCUGCAUGUGUUGGUGACAUGGUGAUGGCGACUGUCAAAAAAGGGAAGCCUGAUCUCAGGAAGAAGGUCCUGCCUGCAGUCAUUGUGAGGCAGCGUAAGCCAUGGCGCCGAAAGGAUGGGGUCUUCAUGUACUUUGAGGAUAAUGCUGGUGUAAUCGUGAAUCCAAAGGGUGAAAUGAAAGGGUCUGCUAUUACUGGUCCUAUCGGGAAGGAGUGUGCGGAUCUGUGGCCUAGGAUUGCAAGUGCAGCGAAUGCCAUUGUUUAAAUGUUCUUACCAUCUUUGUUCAUUUUUGAAUCGAUGAUACUUAUGUUUUGGUAGUAGUAAGGUUGCAAAAUUUUACUGGAUUUGUUAUGUGUUUUGGACAUAAACUGCAUGGAGUUGGUGUUUGGAUUAUGGUAUCAUUUUAUUCUAGUUUCUUUUCUGAAGAGAA